AUUUCUUGGCAUAAAAAAAAAAGGGAAAGAGCGACGGUGAACGAGGAAGCAGGAGAAGAAAGGGGUUUACCUGAAGCAGGAGAAGAAAGGGGUUUACCUAAUACAAGAGUGUGAGUGAGGGAGUCGAUCGAGAGAGUGAAAGCAAGGCAUGACGAUCCAUUCGAUAGUGAUACAGAAGCUGCUGAGCACCAAUGCACAGGUGGGUCGUAGAGUUGCAGCGCAUCAUUUCAAGAUUUACACCUAUGGCUUCCGCAACAAAAUGGCCAUUAUCGAUUCUGACAAGACCCUGAUUUGCAUGCGCAGUGCCUGCAACUUCAUGGCUUCACUGGCCCGCCAAAACGGCCGUUUCAUGUUCAUCAACACCAAUCCUCUUUUCGACGAGAUCUUCGACCUCAUGACCAAGAAGGUCGGUUCCUACGGCCCCUCCACCAACGCUCUCUGGCGCACCGGUGGCUUCUUGACGAACAGUUACAGUCCCAAGAAGUUCCGUUCUCGCAACAAAAAGCUCGUCUUUGGCCCCACUCAGCCUCCCGACUGCAUUGUCAUCUUUGACACUCAGAGGAAGUCUUCCGUCAUCAACGAAGCUUUCAAGCUUCAAAUUCCUGUUGUUGCUUUGGUCGACUCUGCCAUGCCAAUCGAUUGUUAUAAGCGCAUUGCUUAUCCUGUUCCCGCCAAUGAUUCUGUCCAGUUCGUUUAUUUGUUCUGCAAUUUGAUUACCAAAACCUUGCUUCUGGAGAAGAAGAAAGCCGCUGUUGCUAAUCCCGAAAUUGAAACUCGAGAAGAAGCUCUACAAAUUGAACAACGCAAGGGCAAGAGUGAUUUGGCUAAGGUCGGCAUAACCGUUUUCCCCUAUGUUAAUUUAACACCCUUACCCGAAGAUAUAGAAGAAACCAAGAAGCUUUUGGACAAGCUCGUUGUUUUGAAGUUCAAUGGUGUCCCAGGAAGAAAUAUGGGUUUGGAAGGCCCUAAGUCUGCAAUUGAGAUUAGUGAUGGACUGACAUUUCUGGACUUGAUUAUUAACCAGAUUGAGACCCUCAACUCCAGGUAUGGUUGCAGGGUUCCAUUGCUUCUUUUGAACAAAGAUGACACUCAUGAUAGUAUUGUAAAGGUUUUGGAAAAGCAUUCAAAAUCAAGCGUUGAAGUACACACUUUAAAGCAGGGUGAAAGUCUGGGGUUGAAAUCAUCCGGUGGACAUUACAACAAAGAGGAAGUGCAUCCAUUUGACGAUGUUGAUACAUUCUGUUCACUAAUGACUGAUGGAACCCUUGAUUUAUUAUUGUCACAGGGUAAAGAGUAUAUCCUUGUGAUGAAAUCAGAAAAUGUGGCUACAAUCAUUGAUCCAAACAUACUAAAUCAUUUGAUGACAAAUGAUAUUGAAUACUGUAUGGAGGUGACACCUAGCCAUUCGUGUAAUUUAAUCUUAACUCCAAUGAAUUUUAAGCUUCAGGAGAUUGCUCAAAAUCAAGAUAAACAUUUGAAGGGCAAUUUCAAACUCAUUGAUACAACAAACAUGUGGGUUAAUUUAAGAGCCAUUAAGAAGCUUGGAGACACUGAAGAAUUAAAGCACAAAAAAUCCUCAGUUUUGAAGUUAUUUGAGAAAGUGAUUGGAGUCUCUGUGCCUGAAACACGUUUUCUUCCCUUGGAUGCAACAUCAGAUUUACUAAUUCUACAGUCAGAUCUAUACACUUGUAGAGAAGGUGUUCUAACCCGGAAUCCAGCUAGAAGCAACCCUUCAAAUCCUAUGAUAGACUUGGGACCUGAAUUUGAAAAGGUUGGUGACUUCCAAAGUCGCUUCAAAUCCAUUCCAAGCAUCAGUGGGCUGGUUAGUUUGAUGGUGAGAGGUGAUGUGUGGUUUGGAGCUGAUAUUACUUUAAAGGGGCAAGUGACUAUUGCGGCAAAGCCUGGCUUGAAAUUGGAAAUUCCAGAUGGCGUCGUAAUUGAAAAUAAGGAGAUCAACGAUCCUGCAGAUAUCUUAGGAUGAGUGGCUCGUGGAAGCUGCUGGGAUCUGUUUCUAGUCAAUAAUUGUGUCUACUUAUUUAUUUCAUUUUGUAACAUUUUGUAUCUUAUAGGGCAAGGCACAAGGAAUAGGAAUAGCAUCGGUCUUUUGCCUUGAUGCUAUCAUACUCACCAAUUUUUUAUUUUACCAAUGAGUUGGGGCAUACAGAGCGGACUUUGUUUCCUAGAUAGUUGAAGGCAUAUUUUUUCUGCCUUUUUACUCUUCUAAUUUGCUUUGCAGAUUCAUUUUGUCAUUAACUAUUAUUGGACCGUCUAUACCAAGCAGUUUCUAUGCAACGAAUUUAAAUUUU